AGUCUAGAACAGUUGUGGAAAGGCCGAGGUAUGGGUUUCUACAGACACCCCCAUCAGGAUCUCGCAGACACUGAUAGGACAAAGGCAUUUCACUUGGCUAAUCCCCAAACGCUUCAUCCCCCAACAGAUUCAUCGUUCUUCUUCCCGCCGUGAGUAUAAUGUGGGGCAGACGAUCAAUGACGUCUACGUCUAUGCCGGUCCUCUAGGAUCAUCAGAAUGACAUACCCAUAAGAGUAUAAGGGUUGCUAAGAAGCACAACAUUGGGAUGAUUACGACAGCCUAGAAUCCAACUAUCCUUUCCAACACCUUAUUUCACAGCUCCGGGAAAGAUUGCUAGGAUGGCACCCAAAGGACUCGCAAUCCUCAUCGGCGCGGGGCCAACAUCCGGCGCAGGCAUCGCCCGCAUCCUCGCAAGCCCUCAGCAUGGCAACCUCGCAGUCGCCCUCCUCGCGAGAAACCCAGACAACCUGCACAAGCUCGCAUCCGAUCUCCGCAAGUCUUCGAACGGCAUCCUCCACCCCUUCCCGACGGACACCCAGCCGGACAACCUCCGGCGCGCGUUCCAGCAGAUCGCCGACCACCCGGACUUCAAGGACCUCAAGCUCAAGCUGGCCGUCUACCACGUCAAGAGCUCGAGCAGGAAGCCGUUCCUCGAGGAGACGCCGGAAGCCUUCAACGACAGCAUGAGCGCCUACACCACCGGCGCCGUCGUGUUCGCGCAGGAGGCCCUGAAGGUCAUGUACGCGCAGAACGGCGGGCAGACGCUCCUCGCCGACACGGACGGGGCCAAGAAGGGCACCGUCAUCUUCACGGGGACCCUGGGGGCCAUGCGGACGAACCAGCAGUAUGCCGCUUACGGCGCCUCUCGGGCGGCGGCGCGCAUGGUGGCACAGGCCGUCGCGAAGGAGCACAGCAAGUUCGGCGUGCACGUGGUCCAUGCGAUUGCCAACGGCGGCAUCACCGACGAGGAGGGCGAGGACACGAAAACCGGCAAGAAGAUGCGGGCGGAGGACGUUGGCGAGCUGUACCUGUGGCUUUCGCAACAGCCAAGCUCGCUGUGGACCCACGAAUUGGACAUGAGGCCAGCGCAAGAGGCUUUCUAGAGCGUGGCCGGAAGAUGGUCGGCCAUUCAAGUCUUUUUGAGAGAAGAGACCACGGCAGUGUGAACUUUAACUUGAGCCUGUUGUCGUAUCAAAUAUUUGUUGGCAACCGGGCAAUGGCUCGACGCUGAAUCUCCCUACUCAAGACUUCUAAACAUUCAAUCCAACCCUUUUUCACCUCCCCCCCCCCCCAAU